CUCCUCCCCCUUCUUCUUGUUCGUCUGGCUGUGGCUUCCCGAUCUACUGACGCCCUCCGCCGCCGCCACCGUGCCUUCUCUGCUCUCGGUUUGCAGCACUACGCCUGUGACGAAGGUUACACCACCCGAGCCGUAGGGACCUUCUGCGCGCAGAGCUGAGGGUGAGUGCCUGGAAGCAGGCUGAGGCAUUCAUAGGUUUUGGUCUUCGUUCACUUCCAACUUCUUCAAAGGAAAAGAGAGUGGGAAGAGGGAAAGAGAGGAAGAGAGAGAUGGCGUUUAGAUCGAGGGAGUUGUUCAACAAGCUCAUCAGGAAGGUGGGUCGGGAUAAUUUGGCGCCGGGCGUCGAGGAGUCGCUCAAGAAGUGCCUACCGGACAAGAAAUGCGUGAUGGGUAGAGCCAAGAGGGGCCUCUACGCUGGCCGCCACAUCCAAUUCGGUAACCAAGUCAGCGAAGAUGGUGGAAAUAAGACAAGGCGAACCUGGAAACCAAAUGUGCAAGAGAAACGGCUUUUCAGUUACAUCCAUGACCGUCAUAUUCGUGUCAAGGUCACAACACAUGCGCUUCGCUGCAUUGACAAGGCUGGUGGCAUUGAUGAGUAUUUACUGAAUAUACCUUACAAAAAGCUUGACAACGAGAUGGCUUUGUUCUGGAAGGCUAGGAUAGAAAAGAUGUAUGAAGAAUUGGGAGCAAUGGAAGUUGGUUUUUUCUCGCCUGAAGAGGAACAGAAACUGGAAGAAGGCUUUGAACAACUAAAAAUUGCAAAAAGAGAGGCAAGAAGAGAAGCUCGGAGGUUGGCGAGCCAAGGGACAAAGAAGGGGACUUUAAUUGAGGAAGGACAGAAAGACCGAACCAUUAGUGAUGGUGAAACUCAUCCAGCUCAGCAAUAGUCAGCUUCAUGAUUUUUGUCAAAGCUGCUAUGGGUUCUUGAGGUACAUUUUUGAACCUUGAAGAUGUUCUGUGCUUGAAAAUUUUUCAGGGAGAGUUCUUUCUACAAUUGAUGUGAUGAUGCCUUAGGAGAUGUUCAGGAUAAGAGGAAAUGCUCCCUGCACAAUUGAGCAGCUUUUAGAUAAUCCUGAUUCUAAAUGGACUUUUUCAUAUUUUCUUGAGUUAACUUAUAAAUUAGCUCAAUUCCAGGAACAUGCCAUUGUAACUUUGCCAAAUCGCAAGACCUGAUGGGUGUGUGUCUUUAAAUGAAUGAAGAUUUUAUGGCUUUUACAGUUGUGAUGUAAA